AUGGCUUUUGGGAUGAAGAGAUCGGGUUUCCAUCGCUGGGGUUUUGCGAUCUACCGGACAACGUACGACGACGACGCAGCCUGGGACCGCUACCUCGAGAUCCUCAAGGUGAGCGCGCUCAGGAGCCUUAAGUUCACAGGUGGCGACGUGCUUCUUGAGCAGUACUAUCUAACACAUAAACCAUCAGGGCCAGUUAUUUCCGAUCCAGUUCGCCUCAAAGGUGCAUCAAAGGCUCAGGUACGGCGGCACUUCAAGAACUGGUGCGCAGCGCGCAGCGAGGAGCGUGACGGCCCAGGCGCCACCAACGGCGGGGUCAAACACCUGCCUCGCUUCAAGUACUGUCUUUACGUAGACCGCAAGUGCCUCGACACCCUGGCCAACCUGCCGGCCGAUUACUUCGAGCCCCAGUCUCGGCAGAAACUGCACCAGUCUGAAGUGGUAGUCGUGGCGAUUGACGGCGCUUUCGACCGCAGGACGCCGCGGUAUGAUCCGGACCGAGGCUUGCAACCCGAAGUCGAAGGCUGUACGGAGUGGUACGUGGGCUGGCGGUAUGAGUAUAUUGACCGGACCGUAGCCACGUACGACGAGUGUCAUGGAUUUUCGCUGGACCACCGACCUUACAAACGGCCACCGCUCAUCUCGACCUUUGGCCAAAAGUCCAUGCCUACCUAG